AUGAUAAACCGAGAUGAGAUGGUCUUCACCUUUUUCCCGCAUACCCCUGGCCUUCUGGCGGCCGAAGGUCGGACUGACAGGUUCCAGGAAUAUCUGGCCAACUCCGGCUUUCAACGCGACGGUGAGCCGGUCGAGGAUCCUUGGUUGGAGAUCGUUCAGCCGGCCAUGAAGUUUGCGGUCCUUCGCUCUCUGGAAGCAGCACAAGACAGCGUGGUGCACCGUGCCAGCUCCUUUGAACUGUUUGGCUAUGACUUCAUGGUGGACCAGGAUGAUGGGCAGCAAGCGCUGAACCAAUUGGAGCACUUCAUGGAGACGGACGAUGGCCUGGGAUCGCUAAAGGCGAAACCAGGUGCUUCACCCGCUCUCUCCGAAAAUGCGUCGGAGACUUUCCGGAAAGUCGAACAGCAAGCCGUGCUGUCCGAGAUGACCGUACCACCGUCUGCGCCAAGCACUGCGGCCGGCAGCGGCAGUCUCCCGCAGCUGAGGCUCGCAGCGCCGACAGCACCGACGAUUCCCAGCGAGGGUAGCCGGCUUCACGUCCCGGACAUUCGAGGCAAGGACGAGGAAGAUUCGGAGGAUGACUUUGAAAUCCACACCGUUUUCCUCGGAGGUGAAGGCACCACCACGGACAAAAGCAGCACUCCAGCGGCUGCGCCGAGUUCCGGGGUUGGCCAGCCACUGCCCAAGAGCGCAGUCAAGGAGGAACGGUCGCUCAUGUCUGCGCGGUCGAGCCAGCCUCCGGCCACCAUCGAGGCCAGCAUCCUGAAUGGCGAUGGAUCUGGCAACUCCUACAUCCCCGGGGCCUGGGUUUCACAGGUGAUUUCGCAGGAUGGUCCUGCAACUUCCCAGAGCCUCAAGUAUAUGAAGGCUCUGAAUGAUCCGUACGUCAAAGCGCUGUCUGCUCACCGCAGAGAGCUCAAUGCUUCAAGGAUUGACCUUGAGAGAGAGUACGUGGACACGAUGGCAUCAAAGCUCUCCACGCAACGCUCGGGUGCUCUCGCGACGUUGAAUUGCCGGCCUGGGCAGCUCCGAGGGAAUGCAGCUGGUAUCCUUCCAUCACCGCGCAUGGCGAAUGAAAAGCAGAGGAUCUGCUACUGCUACGGCAGUCCGGACUCGCCGUGUGACAACCACAUUCCCUUUCGCGAGGAGAGCGAAAAAGUCGUUGUUUUCCCAUACCAUGCCUCUGCCGGCAUGCAUUUCUCGCAGGCGGCUGCGCAGGAGCCGCCCAGCCAACCAAGUCAAGUCUCGCCGCUGUCUCCUCAUGUGAGUUUAGCCGAGCAGUCUUUGCGCGGCCCCGAGGAGCCCGGGUCCUUCGGAUGGCUUUACCAACUGGGUGACAAGCUGCCAGGAUUGCCCGAUGUGCUGUCCGUCAUGGUGGGCGCAGAGACUCAAAACACCAGCCUAGCGCACCCGGCAACUCAUGCCGAUCCUGCGCAAGUGGCACUGUCCGAGCUUAUUGAUGGGAUGGAGACGCAGCUCUGA